UUUGGAGGGUCAUCUUUCUUAAAGAGAUUUAUCGGACUUGACUCAUAGUCACGUGGAGAGGAUACUUUUCUGCCACUUGCCCAACCUGUCUUUUCCAUUCGGAUGAAAAAUCUCCAGAAAUUCCUUCCCUUCCACGGCACUCUCCCAAUCCAUCUUUGCAAUCUUUGAAUAUUGUAGUCGUACAAUAUGAAUACGUAUCUCUCGUUAAAUGAUCCCACUACUGGAAAGUCCUGUUCUCCGUAAAUUGAAUCGAAAUAAUCUUGUUUGGAUCGGAGUGGCAAGGGCAGUUUUCCCGGGUUCUUCGCGUGUUUCUAAUGCUCAAAUGUUCUGGAGAAGCGGAGCUUGAUCAAACAUGCCUCCCGUCUCAACGCAUCCAAGCUCAUCUCACAUCACUGCACUCUCUCAGGAGAUCGAGAAGAAGCUUCAACGCGCAUUGACACCGCCUUCUCAGACGCGCGAUUUGUUGCAAGAACUGUUCGCAGACAUAGCUUUGGAAGUAGACGAUCGAGCAAAAGAAAUAAUUUUCAGCAGUGAAGAUGUAAUAGCUGCCACAAAGGAAAGGAUAGAGGGUCCAAUUUGCUACUAUGAUGUGCUUGCUGAGCAUUUCAUUAUUGUAUCCCACAAUGGGAAAGCAAUCCUUGAUUUGAUUGUUCAGCUUUGGAGCCAGUCUUUUGCAUCUAAUAUCUUUACCCUUUUGUUUCACAAGUGGUUGUUUGAGGUUGAACACGACAAUUCUGAAGUCCUUCUUCGGUACUCAUUAGCUCUGGUUCAAGGUGCUACUAAUGUAUUCUGGAUUGACAUUCAAACAAACACAAGACGGUUUCAGAGUCUCUUUCGGUAUCUUCUUGUGGAAGUCUCUCUUCUUCCUGAUCGGUUGAAGAAGAUACCCUUGCAGGCUCAACGCAGUUUGUUUCUCCUCCUAUCAAGGUUUCUUCUUUUCUACGACUCAGUUGAACAGCUGGAAAGCUUCUUUAAGCAAUUUCCUGAUUAUCCAAAUGCUUUCUUGAUUGGUGGUCCAGCUGAUAUUUUUGUGACUGAAUUAGCUGAUCAGCUUCAGAAACUGAAGGUUGAGCCGGUGUUGUUGUAUUACUUGUCCCAGAUGAAAGUUUUUAGUGGGUUAGAAUUGAGAAUGGCAACAAGCACGAGACUGAAAACUUGUCUGUACAGCUUCACAAGCCCGGGUGCUCCUAUGUAUCCUACACGAGCAGUUCGCCAUGCUGCCUGGGAGUCCCUAAAUCUGCUUUUUCCUGUUGGUAGGUAUCCUAGACACUUAAUAAGUAUCUUCUUUCGAUUGCUAUACCCAUGGUACUGGCCUGCUUCGUGUUGGAACUUUGUAAAGGCAUGCAUCAUGGCAGUGUUUUACCCAAUUCUGAGAUUGAUCUUCUCUGUUUGGGAAAGAUUAAGAAAACCAAAAGAAAGAUAAAACCAGCAGAGCAUAUUUUUUAAGUUUCUUCUCAGUAGGGCUAUAAAAAUGUAUGGUCACAUAAACUGUUGUAAGCUGGAGGAAAUGGGUAAAAGUUAUAAUUUUGUGUUAUAGUUUCGACACUGAUUUGAAUUCAUUGGUGCUGGAGUCAACAAACUGAGGCAGUACAUGCUGUGUUAUAUAUUCAUUGUUUUGCCU